GCUUCUACGCAAUCUGAAUUCACGCGAGGCAUGUGAUUGCACAUCACCAGCAGUGUGCGACAGAGACAGGUAAGAUGGCGGCGCAGGAGAACGAAGCUACCAGUGAAACCACCGUUAGCAACGGCGAGGUGGUGAGCACUAAUGGCGGGGCUGCAGCUGACCAGGUUGCAGGUGACCAGGUUGCAGAGACAGCUGGAGCUGCACAGGAUCCGGCACAGCAGCAACAGCCACCUCAAAACGCAUGGCAGGUCAUCAAGGGCGUUCUCUUUAGGAUCUUUGUCAUAUGGGCCAUCAGUAGCUGGUUCCGUCGUGGGUCUUCAACUCCGGAUCCCAACACGCCUGCCGGUGUACCAAGACUUCCCAGCCGUAACCUCUUUCCCAAGGAUACCCUCAUGGAUCUCGCUGUGUAUAUUUCUCAAGAUGAGAUAUUUACGGACUUCAAUGACACAGGAUCACUAUUCUGGUUCCAGCAAGAUCUAGUCUAUGGAGACUGGAGUAUAGGAGAAGAAGGGUGCUAUGAACAUUACAAGGACCUGGAGAUACCAGAGAGCGUCCAGCUGAAUGGCUCUCUCUACAUCCAUGUGUUCUUCACCAAGAGUGGCUUUCACCCGGACCCCAAGCGCAAAGGCCAAUAUCGCAGGCUGGCCACUGUCCAUGCUUCUCGAAUGCUGAACAAGUUCAAGAAGAGAAAGUUUAUGAAGACCAAGAAUCUUUUGACCGGCGAGACAGAAGCAGACCCAGAGAUGAUAAAGAGGGCAGAGAGCCACGGACCUGUGGAGAUCAUCUCCCACUGGCACCCCAACCUCACCAUCAACAUGGUGGACGACCACACGGCUUGGGUCAAAGGGUCUGUUCCCCCACCUCUUGACCAGCAUGUGCAGUUUGAUGCAGUCAGCGGAGACUACUACCCAAUAGUCUACUUCAAUGACUACUGGAACCUGCAGAAAGACUACAUCCCCAUCAACGAGACCCUGAAUAAGCUGCCCCUGCGCAUCACAUACUGCCCGCUGUCCCUCUGGCGCUGGCAGCUGUAUGCUGCCCAGAAUGCCCGCUCUCCCUGGAACUUCCUGGCCGAGGAAACCCACGACCAGUCAGACGAGGACCAAGAUUCUGUAAAGGUGGCCUUGCUGGAGACCAAUCCCUAUCUGUUGGGUGUGACCAUCGUUGUCUCCAUAGUUCACAGCAUCUUUGAGUUCCUGGCUUUCAAAAACGACAUCCAGUUCUGGAACAGCCGGCAGUCCCUGGAGGGCCUGUCAGUUCGCUCCAUCACAUUUGGGGUGUUUCAGUCCCUGGUGGUGUUGCUCUACAUCCUGGACAAUGAGACCAACUUUGUGGUCCAGGUCAGCGUGUUCAUCGGCCUGCUCAUCGACUUCUGGAAGAUCACAAAAGUCAUGGACGUCAAACUGGACAGAGAGAACAAGAUUGCUGGGGUAUUGCCACGACUCGUAUUCAAAGACAAGUCCACAUACGUUCAGUCCUCCACCAAGCAAUAUGAUGAUAUGGCUUUCAAGUACCUUUCGUGGUGCCUGUACCCUCUCUUUGGGUGUUAUGCUGUCUACAGCCUGCUGUAUGUGGAGCACAAAGGCUGGUACUCAUGGGUACUGAGCAUGCUUUAUGGAUUUUUGUUAACUUUUGGUUUUAUUACCAUGACACCACAGCUCUUCAUUAACUAUAAGAUGAAGUCUGUGGCCCACCUCCCAUGGAGGAUGCUUACCUAUAAGGCACUCAACACUUUCAUUGAUGACCUGUUUGCCUUUGUCAUCAAGAUGCCCAUGAUGUACAGAAUAGGCUGUCUAAGAGAUGAUGUAGUUUUCUUCAUUUAUCUGUAUCAGCGCUGGAUCUACAGAGUGGAUCCCAACCGUGUCAAUGAGUUUGGCACUAGUGGAGUGGAGAAGCCCAACAAGGACAGCCCGGUGGAGGCCUCCGACAACGCUCCCACGCCUGCUGCCAUCACAGAAAAAGCAGAGGAGGAGAAGAAGAAUGAUUAAGCUCCAAUCCUCUUCAUCUCCCCUCCUUCUCCUCAGGCGAAGACGUAGCCAAACAGCUUCAAGUCGAAAAUUCUUGCGUCUGUUUGCCAGGGGCGGAAACUGGAGUAUACGGUGUUCUAUAAUUGACUCUGCAAAAAAAGAAAAUUCAGUUCAACUUUGUUAUUCUUUCAUGUGGGAUCCACAGCAGAAGAAUCAUAUUUAACGUAGACUUCCUAAUUACUUUUUUUUUUUUUCAAAAAUGUUUCCAUAUUUUUGCAGUUUAAGUGAAGUAAAAAUGUGAUGUACUGUUUUACAUAUUGUUGGGAUGGUGAUAUUGGGGAGGGGGAGGGGAAUUGGGGUAACUAAAAAAUUGUAGCCCAUACGAGAUGGGGAACUUAGGGUGAUCGCAGUACAUAUCAGCAAAUUAUAGAGAAAAAAAGUGCAGAAAACACGAAGCGUCAAGCAACUCUGCUAUUUUUCUGUGGAUUCCUUGUGAUUUCUUUUUUCCUCCAUUCCAUGUGUGAGCGCUGUGUUGAGGGGAGCUGGUGAGAAAUGCAUGAGCGGUUGAGGGGGCGGAGGUAGGCUUCUGUGCCGAGUCAUAAUGGCUGACCUCAUCCAAAUGCUACUUGCAGAAGAUUGUGACCCUCAUUUUUUUUUUAAGCAAAAUUGUUGAUGUUCCAGACUUGAACAAAAAAAAAAAAUAACAGCCUUGUAGGUAUUAAUAUAUAUUAAUAUUAUUAAUAAUGACAUGAUUUUUUUUUUCUUUGUCACUUUUUUAAUGUCCUGAAAAGUGUACAGAAUCUCAGCUUGUAAACUUGUAUUGAUGUCAAAACUGUCUAGCAAUAGUUGAAAUGUUUCAUUGACCAGGAAUUUUUAUUUUGAAAUGUUCAUCUAUGCGUUCACACUCCAUUGCAGGACCAUGUUGACGGUUAACAGUAUAGCCACAUCGAUUGAUAUCAUGAAUGGGGGGAAAUUCCUGUUCCACCAUCAGGUGUGUUAGAGACAAACAGCCUGUUUUGUCUUUGAUUUUAUUUUUGGUGCCGUAAUUAUGACUUGAUGGGGCUUUUUAUUUUGGUACAUUAAAGUUUGAUCAUUCAUGUUUAUAGUAAAGCAUAAGUACAGUAAAA